GGAUCAUCUACAUGCUUCAGGUCACAUCUGCGUUCUUAAGGAUGCUUUCAUGUAUGAGAGUCCAACUGAAAUAGCAGAUCUGACCUCCACAGACAAGUUUGAUGCCGCCCUGGCCAUUCAUCUUUACAAAGGAGGCAGGCUUCUGCAAGGUAGCAGAAUUCCUUUUGGAAUCAUCUUUGGUGGGACAGAUGUAAAUGAAGAUAUCAAAUGUGAAGAGAAGCGUCGGGUAAUGGGAGCAGUGCUAGAAGAAGCCAGGUUUUCAGUGGCUUUCACAAUGGAAAUGAAGGAACUGGCCGCAGCAGAGUGGCCAGAUGCUAGGAAGAAAAUAUAUGUCCAAACUCAAGGAAUUAAGACUACGCCCAGUGAAACAUUUGACUGGUAUAGAUUUCUCCAAAAUGCAGAUAUUCCUACAGAUACAGACAGUUUACAUGUGUUUCUUUUGAUAUGCGGACUUCGAAGAGUCAAAGACCCUCUGUAUUUAGUAGAUGUAUUUUCAGAUUGGCACAGAAAGGAUCCCAGUGUCCAUCUGGGCAUAAUUGGACCUGCAGUCGAUCCACUUUUUACAAGUGAAGUUAAGGAAAAAGUUAAAAGGGCACCCGGAGUACAUUUAUUACAGGAGAUGACACAAGAUGAUCUUCACGCUGCUAUGAAAAGGUGCUUUGCUGUGGUGAACAGCUCCAUUUCAGAAGGGAUGUCUGCUGCAAUUCUGGAGGCAAUGGAUUUAGAUAUUCCAGUGCUAGCAAGGAACAUUCCUGGGAAUGCAGCAAUAAUAAAACAUAAGGAAACAGGACUGUUAUUUUCAAAUCCCCAGGAGUUUGUUGUGCUGUCCAAGAGUUUGAUGAAUGACCCGAUUAUGAAAACAGAAAUUGUAACAAGGGCCAAAGACUAUGUGAAGAAACAUCAUUCAUGGGAAAGUGAAAGAAAAGCCUAUCAGAAUCUUGUCCUAAGACUCCAGUGAAUUGCAAGACAACACCUGAUACCCAGCAGUCUGUGUAGAGCACUUUAAUGACGGAUAUGUAAUUAGAUCUGGGUUUCUCUUGGUUUCUUUUCAGAAGAGAUAGUAAGACAUGCAUUAUUAUUAUUCUCUUCAAACAUACCAGCAUCACAGGAGUUGCCUGCAACUUCAAACUACCAGAUUUAUCUAACUCAGCACGCUGUCUCUAGUGUACCAAUUCAUCACAGACCAGUAUCAUUUUGUAAGAUCACAAAAGGAGAAAUAUACUCCUUGAGAAGACACA